AUGCCGGCCGCCGCUGAGAGAAGACGUGGUGCGUGCACUACCGAGCCGAUAAUAGGAAAGCCACUACACUUAGUAUUACCAUCGAUUAAAGAUGCUGUUGGAGCUAUGUUUAGAGAAAAAGAAAUCGAGCGCAUACCACUAUCGAAUAAUACUGUUGCGCGAAGAAUUGACGAAAUGGCUGAGUGGACAGAAGAUGAAUUAAUCCAGCGAAUGAUUAAUAGUAAAUAUUAUUCUCUGCAACUAGAUAAGUCUACAGACGUGCAAGGCUUAUCUCAAUUGAUUGUUUUUGUGCGUUAUAUAUGGCAAGAAGACGUGCAUGAAGACAUUUUGUUUUGCAAGCCAAUAACUCGUGGAACAGCUGAGGUAAUUUUCAACGUAAUUGAUUCCCAUAUAAAAGGAAAAGGUAUACAGUGGAAGAACUGCGUCGGUAUAUGUACUGACGGUGCGCGGGCAAUGUGCGGGAAAAAUAGCAGCGUGGUUACAAGAAUUCUUGAACAAAGUCCCUAUACGUUCGUGGACACACUGUAG